AGCUGUUGAUCAUGUUACUUCCACUGCUGUUGCUCCUCACAGCUACUGAGCCUGGCCAUGCCGAGCAAGUCAAAGGCACAAAGAAGGCGGAUGACUCUUGCGUCUGUAAGGUAAACACCACUAUGUGGGCUUUCCCAGCACAGCCCUUUGAAAAGGCAGACCAGAUGGUCCAGAACUGUGGAGACACUCUACAAAAGCUACAAAACCAGGUCACACAGACCAAUGGAGAGCUGCCAAAGAUACAAGCCAUCAUCAAGAAUGUGACAGCUCGCAUAGAACCGUUAAAGUACCUGGACACAAAAGGCAUCUAUAAUGCACUGCACCUGCGUCAGCUGAGUCAGGACCUGGAGGAGAUCAGUCAAAUGAUCAACACAGCACACAAUGACAACCCAAGUGCAGAGACUCAAAAACUAACAAAAGAGGUGGUCAAAGUUCAAGAGGAGGUUAAGAACAUGUUUAAAGACAAUGUGUUCAAUCUGGAAACGAUGAGAGAGAAACUUCGCUCACUUCACAACCGAGUACAGAGCUGUCGCACCAUUCCAGACGACUUCAGGAGUCAUUGUUAUAAGCGGAUUAUGAAAAACAUCAGCUCGCCAGUGACCACCAAGCUGAAUCCACACAGUAAGUCAUACAUCUCUGGAGCCUGGGGUCGUGAGGCCAAACGAGAAAGUGAGGAUGUGUACUGGACACAGCCCUUAGCAAACAGCCAUAAGUAUGGUAUCCAGGUGCGGUUGUACAGGUCAUAUGAGGAUUUCAUGGCAUCGAAGAACCACAGAGAUGAAAAUGUUGCACCCGGCUACACUGCUCCCAAUGCUAUUCAGGGACCUGGAAUGGUGUUAUAUGGUGGAGUGGUUUAUUACCAGUGUUACAACGAAGACGAGUUAUGUCGCUAUGAUCUACAAUCCAAAGAAACAAAGCGUUUAAAGCUGCCCAACGCUGGCAUCAACAAUAAGUUCCCGUAUUGUUACUACAGCUGCCGCGACUGGACUGAUAUUGACCUGUCUGCAGACGAGCAAGGUUUGUGGGUGAUUUAUGCCACGGAGAGUAACCAUGGAAACAUUGUACUAAGCCGCCUGGACACAGAAACGUUCAACAUCACUCAUACCUGGAAAACGCGUCUCUUCAAAAAGUCAGUCACCAACGCCUUCAUGGUCUGUGGGGUUCUCUAUGCCACUCGUUAUGCUGACACUUACCGCGAGGAGGUGUUUUACGCCUUCGAUACAGACACAGGGCACGAGGACAACACUCUGUCUCUCCCCCUAGAAAAGGUGUCGGCAGGUGUAGCUAGUUUGAGUUACAACCCUAUUGAUAUGAAGCUCUAUAUGUACAAUGAUGGUUAUCUACUGGCUUAUCAAGCUUUAUUCUGAGUUUAUGAUAUUGCAUUUUAAAAUAUUCAAGGCCUAAUAUCUGUUCCGCAAAAAGGGUGGCAUUUUCAGUUGUGCUCUGAAAUAAAACAUUUAAGUUUUUUGGGUUGUUGUCUUUGUCCCUCUUGGAAACUCAAAUUCAUAUGAUCCCCAUUAUGCCAAAAAAAUUACUCUCCAAAUUAUUUGCUCUUAGCUUUCCUCUAGGUGGGGCUAUUAAAUGAAGUAGUUUUCUUGAGAACAGAAAACUCCUACUCUGCUUGUGAACUCUAUUAAAAAUUCUUGAUAUUGUU